UGCCAGGAAGCAGCAGCUCCUUGCAGCGUAUUCCUCCGGCUGCGGGAUAUUUCCCAGCGCAGAGGGGACCAUCGGACAGCUCAGCCCCAAAGGGAGAACUUCAGCCCCGAGGUCACCCCCAGCACGACCUACCACUAACCCCAAGCACCUACCUGCACUGACCAGCAGCUGCAAAACAACACUUUGGCUCUGAGAACUGUGAGCACUGAACAUGGAAGGAUUCCUGGGCUUUAACCAUAACCACUGUUUCAUCGUGCUGUUCUUCGUCUCCCUGAGCCUUGCCCAGUACGAACACUGGCCCUACCUCCCCGGGUACCCUGAGCCACCCCCACAGGUCUACCAGCCCCCCCAGAGGCCAGCAGACGUUCCUAAAAUCCAACUACGGCUCGCAGGGCAGAAGAGAAAACACAACGAAGGCCGAGUGGAAGUGUUCUACAGCGGCGAGUGGGGAACGGUGUGCGAUGAUGACUUCUCCAUCCAUGCAGCACACGUGAUUUGCAGGGAGUUGGGCUACGUGGAGGCAGUGUCCUGGCUACCGAGCUCAAAAUAUGGGAAAGGAGAAGGGAAAAUUUGGAUGGACAAUGUCCAUUGCAAUGGCAAGGAGACCACGCUGGCAGCGUGCACCUCCAAUGGCUGGGGAGUGACAGACUGCAAACACACCGAGGACGUGGGGGUGGUCUGCAGCGAGAAGAGAAUCCCUGGCUUCAAGUUUGACAACUCGUUGCUCAACCAAAUAGAGAACAUGAACAUUCAGGUGGAGGACAUCAGGAUCCGGCCCAUCCUCGCCACCUAUCGCAAGCGGGUGCCCGUCACGGAGGGUUAUGUGGAGGUGAAAGAAGAAGGGACCUGGAAGCAGAUCUGUGACAAGCACUGGACCAUGAAGAAUUCCCGAGUCGUCUGCGGCAUGUUUGGGUUUCCGAGCGAGAGGAAAUACAACACCAAGGUCUACAAAAUGUUUGCCAGCAGAAGGAAGCAGCAUUACUGGGCUUACUCCAUGGACUGCACUGGGAACGAGGCACACAUCUCCAGCUGCAAACUGGGCAACCACCUCAACGUGGACAUGGAGAAGAAUGCAACAUGUGACAACGGGAUGCCCGCAGUGGCCAGCUGUGUCCCCGGCCGUGCUUUUGCCCCCAGCAGCCACAGUGGCUUCCGAAAAGCCUUCAGGCAGGAGCAACCUCUGGUGAGGCUGAAAGGAGGAGCCAACACCGGCGAGGGCCGAGUGGAAGUGCUGAAGAAUGGGGAGUGGGGCACGGUGUGCGACGACAACUGGAACCUGGUGUCUGCCAGCGUGGUGUGCAGGGAGCUGGGCUUCGGCAGCGCCAAGGAGGCGAUCACGGGGGCAAGGCUGGGGCAAGGCAUGGGUCCAAUCCAUCUCAACGAAAUCGACUGUACAGGAUUUGAGAAAUCCAUCACAGACUGCAAGUUCAACAUGGAGUCGCAGGGCUGCAACCACGAGGAAGAUGCUGCUGUGAGAUGCAACGUUCCCGCGAUGGGUUUCCAGAACCAGCUGCGCCUGGUUGGUGGUCGCAACCCAUACGAGGGUCGGGUGGAGGUGUUGGCUGAACGCAACGGCACGCUGCGCUGGGGCACGGUUUGCAGCCAGGGAUGGAGCACUGUGGAGGCCAUGGUGGUGUGCAGGCAGCUGGGGCUGGGCUUCGCCAGCCAUGCCUUCCAGGAAACCUGGUACUGGCAUGGAGAUGUCAGUGCUGACAGCGUGGUCAUGAGUGGGGUCAAGUGCUCAGGGACGGAGAUGUCCCUGGCCCACUGUCGUCAUGAUGGAGCCGAUGUCUCCUGUCCUAGAGGAGGAGGUCGCUUCGGUGCUGGCGUGUCCUGUUCAGAGACUGCCCCCGACCUGGUGCUCAACGCCGAGCUGGUGGAGCAGACCGCCUACCUGGAGGACCGCCCCAUGUUCAUGCUGCAGUGUGCGCAGGAGGAGAACUGCUUGGCCAGCUCAGCCAUCAACACCUCCGUCACCUCCGGCUACCGCCGCCUGCUGCGCUUCUCCUCCCAGAUCCACAACAACGGGCAGUCGGAUUUCCGCCCCAAAAAUGGUCGCCACGCUUGGGUCUGGCAUGACUGCCAUCGGCAUUACCACAGCAUGGAGGUUUUCACCCACUAUGAUCUACUGAACCUCAAUGGAACCAAGGUAGCUGAAGGACACAAAGCCAGCUUCUGUCUGGAAGACACCGAAUGUGAAGCAGAUGUGCAGAAACAGUACGAGUGUGCCAAUUUUGGUGAACAAGGGAUCACUGUUGGCUGCUGGGAUGUGUACCGACACGACAUCGACUGCCAGUGGAUCGACAUCACCGACGUCCCACCAGGAGAUUACCUCUUCCAGGUCGUCAUCAACCCCAACUAUGAAGUGGCUGAAUCUGAUUACUCCAACAACGUGAUGAAAUGCCGGAGUCGGUACGACGGGCAGCGCAUCUGGAUGUACAACUGCCACACAGGUGGCUCCUUCAGCGACGAAACGGAACAGAAGUUUGAUCACUUCAGCGGACUCACAAACAACAAAGUGUCCACCCGAUAGAGCAGCACUGCCUCCCAUCCCACUAUUUAAGAAGCGAGGCUUCCCGCUGCGCUCAUUUCCCCAACCACUGCGCCAAGACAAAAAUCAAGCAAGCAAUCAAACUCUAAAUUAGCAAGGUAAAUUAUUUUCUAAAGCUGCCUUCCUUCCCGGUGUAAAUGCUUGGACCACCUCUUGUAAAUCCCAUCCCCGCUGCUGAGGGUGUUGGGAGCAGGCUUUCAAACUCUACUGGGCUCCAACCUCCCCCCACCAUCUUUAUGUGUGUACACAGCUCUGGGCUGCAGCGAGCUCAGUUUGCCUUUGGUUGGGUAUCAACAACCUCAACGGGUCUUGACCGUUCAUUUUCUUCACAUUUUGGUACUUUCAAGCUUGAGCUGAAGCACCACUGACGCAUAUUCUUCCAUUUGUGAUGAUGCUUACCCUCAGCACCGCUGCCACUGCUCCAUUUUAGCAAAGAAACACAGGAAAGAAAACAACAUCGAAGCGUUCCUUCUGAGCAGAACAGUCUAAAGCAUAAUUUAAUACUGCAGCCAAACUCUCGCAUUCAACAACCAACUCCCAGAACCAACGGAGCAGCAAAUGCAGAACUCUGCCUCCACGUGCAGCACAGCUCCUCCACCACCCAGAAGCCGUGCUGAGUCCACAGGAUCGUUGCUUCCCACUGCACAGCAAGCAAUUCACCCAGCAGCCCCUACGUCCACCUACACGUUACCUUCUAAGCUGGAUAUUCCCUCUUUUGGAGGAUGAGUUCAGUUAAGGCAUUGCACCCCUGUACCCUGCAGAGGUAACUUUGUGGCUUGCAUCGUCAGGGAUGCGCUGACCGCCUAAGUUGGCUCCGAGGAUUUCUUUUUUACUCUUAGUUCAGUUCACAAUGGUGCUAAGUGUGCUCCUCUGUUUGUUUGAGGACGCACGUCGCUACAGAUUUUCCACCACAGCUACUUGAAUAAAUUGUUUCACCCAGAAAAAAAAUAUAUAUCCGUUUUUAAAUCCUACUUUGUAUUUCUACUCCCCGCCAGCUGAGGGCUUUGUUCACAAUUCCCGGUACUGAAGUCUCCUUCUCCCUCUGUGUUUGUACAGAAGGCUUCUACACGCAGCUAGAACUAAAUGGAGUGCAGCCAAUUAACCAUCUCAAUCCACAGGGAUCAACCCACCAUCCUACCUCACAGGGAUGUUGUGAGGCUUAACGGUUCUUGCUAACGCCUAGAGGAGUAUUUCUUGUAUCCAAGAUGUUGACACAGAGGAGAGGUUUUCAGCCUGCUGGAAGUUGGAAAAGUCCAUUUUGUUCUCAAGAUGCAGGACAGUGCAGCUAAAGCAGAGCCUGGGGGAUGCUCUAUUGCUGCUGCUGCAACUCAAGGUGUCUCUCGGAGCAUCCCUUGCCAUUGGGCUCUGUGCAAGUUGAGCUACUGUUGAGUUCUGGUUUGCUUCUCCUAAUGAACAAAUAACUUUGCUUUCUAACAGAACAACACAGGCAGGCUUCUUUUCAAUGAGGAAAAAGCCCUGAACCUCAAUGCCUGUCACUACUGGGGGAUAUCUGAACAACAAUAUGACAACAGAGUAAACACUGAACAGAGCUUUUGACUCCUACAGAUGCUCCGCUCCAACUGAAUGCUGACCAGUGAGAUGCCCUUCCCUCACCCUGGUGCACUCCUAACAAUUCCUGGUGGGCUUUAACACGAAGUAACACUUCCUUACGUGCUGCAGAGAGUGCAGAUGCUUUGGAGCAGAGCAGGGCACGGUGUUCUCCAGCACAAAGAGCAACCUGCAGGGCUCUGGAGCUCGACAUCUCAUUCAACUUUUCCCCUUCUCAACUCAGAAAGCAAAGAGAACAUCCCCAUGGCAACUCACUGUUCUGCAUGCAGUUUAAUAUCACAGCCACGCUCAUCUACACAUGGUUGUUGGGUUUUUUUUGAGUGGAGAUGGUUCACUCCUCCUGGUCCAAACCUUCUGGCAGGAGCCCUUCGGGGCCGGAGCUGCACUGCUGCUGGUGCUUCAGCCCCAGGGCUCGGGUCACCAACCUUCUUGCCACCACCGUGUCAGUCUGGGGUCUCUCUUUGGCAAGCUGAAGGAGUUCUGGGUGAAAAAAGGUAAAAAUGGUGAAGCUGGAGGUUACUCAGGAGCAGUAUUGGCUUACGUGCAGGACACAAGAGCAGGUGUCUAUUUUCUGAGUUCCUUUGGGAUGAGCAUUGCUAUGAGCAAACCAUCCCACCCUACAGAGCAAGUUGUUGUUCUUUUGGAAAGGCUUUCCUUCAGAUUUUGUACAACAGCUUUUGUGCAACAGUGUCGACAUUUGGACAUGAAGAAGCUCUGGUCCUCUAGUGGUCCAUGAUGGUUGGACCUGAUGGUCUCUUCCAACCUCAAUGAUUCUAUGGGGAUGGGUUGGCUGCCGUGACCUUGGAGGUCAUUUCCAACCCUAAUGUGUGUUUAAGGCUCUGUGGCUGUGCAAUGUUCCCCAUUUCAGGCUUUCAGGAACACUGCAGCUCCAUUCCCUCCUCUGAGAACAAAGCGAAGGCACAGUCCAACCCACGGGGCCACACAGGGAGAGAUUUCAUCUCAGCAUCAGCUCACCAAAACCAACAGCCUCCAGCCUCAAAAAGCACCAAGGGAAAACGCCUGGUUUUGUUGUUUUUUCUUUUAAUCUGUUAAAUCUAUCGGAUGCUUUAGGAAAAAACUGGCCAGGAGGGAGCAGCGAGCUCCAGUUCCUAGCACACGUCUGGCUUGCUGCAGUUUCAUCCUCAAUAAAGCAAUGCACCAGAACCUUACCAAGUCCAAACUAACCUGGAUUUGGCUGCUAUCUGAUCAUUUAUCAGCAACUGUUUGCAAAUUAUUAUCCAGUUAGCCAAGUGGGCUUUUGCUUGCUUUUUCAGAAGUGUUAUUCCUAAAGGCAGCCUAGCAGCAGCUUAAGGGAAAAGGGGGGGCAGGCUCAGAGCAUCACAGCUUGGACCAUGGAACUGCCAACCUUUCUUUUAAAAAGCUGUUAAAAAAUAAUAAUUAAAAAAAAAAGAAAAAAAAAGAGACACUGUCAGCUAAUUGAGAUCCAAACCUGCAUUUGGAAAUAAAUGGCACUUGAAGUGAGUGCAGGGUUUGUAUGCUUAUAAGCUGAUCCCACUCCUGCCAGCAGGGUACAGAUGGAGAAUUUGAAUGACAACAGGUGAGAAGUGUGAAAGCAAACCACUUCUUUCACAUUUAAUCGAGCUCAGGAACUUCUAACUGUGACAGUGUCCCUUGGAAUCAUUCAUGCUGACAUCUGUUUAGUGCAGUGACUGCAGCUGUGCCUCCGUCAGCCUCUCUGCUACAAGAUUCAUGGCAUUUCUUUACAGUGGCAAAUGUACCUGAUUACAGUAUGAUUUUAAAAGGCAAUCAACUAAAUAAACCAAUGUUAAUGGCUGAGCUUAACCAUUUCCUCUUCACUGAUACUGAAUAAAAUUAUGCCAACCACAAAACAA